ACUGUAGGAGAUAGAGAUGGAGAAAGUCCAGUGAGGACUUCUACUUGUCUAAAACCGGAGCGUGAAAUAUUUAUCUGUUUCAGCAAUGCCGGCGCUAUUGCGCUCUCACAUUCCCCCGUUGAAUCUCCCACCUGGUUCGUCUUCUCUUUGCCCAAUUGUUCUUCAACGCCAAAUACACAAUCCAUUUAUUUACGGCAGCUUUGCGUCUCCCAAAUUCAGGUUCAGGAUAUCUUGCUCUAAUUGUUCAACCAAUCCGGUUACUGUUGAGACCCCAAAGAAGAAGAAAAGAAAGCCCAGGCCAAGCUUCAUUCAGCAAAUUCGUGAUAAAUGGUCGCUUAAACAGGUUUCGCUGAGAGAGAAAUUCCCGUGGCAGGAAGAAGAAGAAGAGUAUCGCCAACACCACGAUGAAGAAGAAGAAGAAGAGGAGGAGGAGAGGAGAGAUGAAUCUGUUUCUUUUUCAAACACCGAUGCAAACCCUUCAGUGAAUGAUUCGGUGAAUUUUGUUCUACCAGAUAUUGUAGUUUCGGCUCCUUGGACUCAGGGAAUCAGACCCAAAAGGACCCAAUUCAAUUCGGAGCUUGAAAUAUCGCGAAUUAGUGAUGGUGGAAAAGAUACUGUUGAUGGGGUUCGCAGUAGUCACUGUGGCGAAGAAGAUGUAAGUUCUGAUGGUACAGGAACGAGGGCUUUUGUAAGCAAACCUAAAGGUAAAUUUGAAGGAACCCCAAUUGAGUUAUCUAGAGAUAGCAGAAGGGCAAGUGUGUUUCAAGGAUUGUACCGUGUUGGUGCUUCCAAAAAUAAGCUGGUGGGCAAUUAUGGAGAGUGUGAAAACUCUGUGGUCUCCAAAGAAGCAACCCAAGUGGAAUUAUCUGGAGAAGACGAAGAGAUGGCAGUUGGUGGGGACUUAAACAAUAUGGGUUCUUCAGAUGAGCAGCAGUUAGUAGAGAAUGGAAGAUUUGGAAAUUUUGAGGUCUCUAUUGAUGUGAACAAUGGUUCAGUCGACUUACCUUGGAAGGUAGGGGAGAGGGAGCUGGAGAAGCAAGCAGAAGAGAGGAGGAAGAGAAGCAACACCGAAUUGGCUGAGAAAAUAGUCCCCGAACACCAAUUGCAUAGGCUAAGGAACGUGGCAUUAAGGAUGCUUGAGAGGAUACAAGUUGCGGGUGCAGGAAUUACUGAGGAAUUGGUAAACGUUAUUCAUGAGAAGUGGAAGGUGGAUGAAGUAGUGAAGUUGAAGUUUGAAGUGCCUCUUUCAUUUAACAUGAAAAGGACCCAUGAAGUUUUGGAGAGUAGAACUGGAGGUUUGGUGAUUUGGAGAUCUGGCAGUUCUGUUGUGUUAUAUAGGGGGAUGGCCUACAAACUUCCAUGUGUGCAAUCAUAUGUUAGACAAAAUCAAGUGGAUAAGAAUGUGUCCCAACAUUCAAAAGAUACUAAAGUUGAUAUUCUGAGUAAUAAAGCUUUGAAGGAUUCAGUUAGAUCAAUGACGUCAUUCAUACCUGCUUCCACGACGAACCUAAAGGAUUUGUCUAAUGAAGAACUUGUACGUUUGACUGAACUCAACCAUUUGUUAGAUGAGUUGGGUCCAAGAUAUAAGGAUUGGCGUGGCCCUGAGCCAUUUCCCGUUGAUGCAGACUUGCUUCCUGCUUUGGUUCGUGGGUAUAAGCCUCCCUUUAGACUUCUUCCUUAUGGGAUGCAGAAUUGUUUAAGAAACAAGGAUGUGACAAUGUUCCGUAGACUUGCAAGGAGAACGCCCCCUCAUUUUGUCCUAGGAAGGAACAGAGAACUGCAAGGUCUGGCUAAUGCUAUGGUGAAGCUAUGGGAAAAAAGUGUCAUUGCAAAGAUAGCCAUCAAGCAUGGUGUACAGGAUACACGUAAUGAAAGGAUGGCUGAAGAACUCAAGCAAUUGACUGGUGGGACACUUCUUUCAAGAAACAAGGACUAUAUUGUCUUCUACAGGGGUAAUGACUUCUUGCCGCCGGUUGUUACCGAGACACUGAAAGAGAGGCAGAAACUAACUCAUCUCUAUCAAGAUAUGGAAGAGGAAGCUCGAAGAAUGGGCUCAGCCUCUGUUGAAUCCAAUGCCAGAACUUCUAAAGUCCCAUUGGUUGCUGGUACCCUUGCUGAAACCAUUGCCGCAACCUCCCGAUGGGGUCAUCUGCCAAGCAAUAAAAAUGUGGAGGAAAUGAGGAGACAUUCAGCUUGGGGGAAACAAGCUUCAGUGAUAAGAAAACUUGAGGAGAAUCUGGCUCUUGCAAAAGGCAAGUUCAGAAAAGCUGAGAAGGCUCUAGCGAAAGUGCAGGAGAAUCUGAUACCAUCAGAGCUCCCAACUGAUUUGGAAACCAUAAGUGAUGAGGAGAGAUCCUUAUUUCGUAAAAUUGGUCUUAGUAUGAAACCUUAUCUGCCUUUAGGGAAGCGUGGGGUUUAUGAUGGAACCAUUCAGAACAUGCACCUACACUGGAAGUAUCGGGAGGUUGUAAAGAUAAUUGCAAGAGGAAGAAGCUAUCCACAAGUCAAGCAUAUUGCUGUAUCUUUGGAGGCUGAAAGUGGUGGGGUAUUGGUAUCUGUAGAGAGAACUCCAAAAGGGUAUGCGAUUAUUGUUUAUCGUGGGAAGAAUUAUCAGUGCCCUCAUGCCCUAAAGCCUAGGAAUCUACUGACGAAAAGGCAGGCAUUAGCUAGGUCAAUUGAACUCCAGAGACAUGAGGCACUGAAGCACCAUAUUGCAGAUUUAGAAAAGAGAAUUGAGUUGCUGAAGUCUGAAUCAGAAGAAUUGAAGUUGGGCAAGGAGAUUGGCACUGAGAGAACUUUGUUCUCAAAGUCCAAUGAUGCUUUUGUUUCCAAAGAUGACAUUGAAGAGUAAAUACUAGUUUGAGCUUCUGCAUGUGGAGCAAACUUCCAACCAUUUUUGAAUUGAUAUGAAGUGCCACUUUGGAUUGAGGUUCAAUUUGGUUUUGACACUUUCACCUGGGGAAUGGCUCUAUCCAGUCAUGGAUAGAAGUAAGUUAUUAUUUACCUUUAGCACCACAGUUCCUAAUUCAAAUGUCCCUCAAAGUUAUGCUGGUCUUGUAGAGUUUCCUUUUUGGUGAGAACUUUAAUUUAAUAUUAUAUAUAUGGAUUUUGGGUUUCCGAGUAGUUUCUUCUGUCAGGGUGAAAGGGAAGAGGAAUAUCAUGAAACAUUCAGCAGUACAGGUAAAAAUGUUACACGGCUGAGAGUACCUAACUAGGGAUUUACUCUAGUCCAGCUGCUGGGAUGCUUUUUAUGAAGUUCAAAACAAUUGAGCUUAACUCAGCUUGAUGUGAAGUGUAUCCAUGAUUGGCUCCUUCCAUGAUGUGUAAUUUAUGGUUUGGUAUGAUCUUGGAAAA